UUCUGUCGGCCCGCCACGUUUCACCCACCUGUUCAAGCACGGCGCAUCACCCCGCUUUACCUGUCAGCACGACCGGAGUAUCAGCCCAGGUAUCCCGUCACAGUCUUUACCGGGGACUGCUUGCUGCGGAGAACGGUGCCGGUCACGAGUCGCCAGCUACCACGACGCUCGAGUUGAACUCACGCUAAACAUCGCCGGACGUGGACCCCAAACACAACCCUGUGCCAUGACUUCUCGCAGAACUCCCCACCGCUUGGCUCACCCUUUCCCGGCCCCUCCCUCCACUCAGCCCGUCCUGUUCUCCCAUUCUACGUUUACUUUCAUCGCCUCUUGGCAGGGGCAGCUCUUGGUCUGCACCGCCGUCCUCUUCCUCGGAGCGAUAUACUUCUUCGUACGCCGUCCUGUGGAGGACUGGCGGACUCGAAGACGAGAGCGGUUAGCCAGAGCAAGGGAGAAAGAGUUAAUGGCGAUGGAAAACAAUGCCGAUGAUAAGGCUGCUUCCAGUCAUUCGACAAUCGAGGAUAGAAAGGAGGAGGUCAAGAUGAAUGCAAAGGAGCGAGGGAGGGAAAGGCGGAAAGAAGUGAAGAAGUAUAAGAGUGUCUUGCUUAAGGCGGAUUCUAACAUAUUAACUUCUGCUGAAUCAUCUCCUGCAUUGCCGCCAACUUCUUUCUCGGUGUCGUCUCAUGAUCCAUCCAGCAGAGCUCUUUGUUCGGUUCCUCCAUCCUCUCUCAAUGACCAAGGGUCAUCCAGACAGGCAGAGCCCCGAACACCAUCGAGAGCGCUCCCAUCACCGCCUACACUCGUUCCCCCCAAAUCCCCCAAUUUAGAUCUUGAAUCCCAGAAUGCCGCCAGCUUGAAAGAGAACAGGAAUGUAUACGGUGAUUCCGAUGCAUCCAGAGAACCUGUAUCCGACAGAGACCAAAAGCAAGGCGAGAUCGGAAUUGUGCCCAAGCCAUCUCAAAACGACCUUCUUUCAAAACCCGUUCCAAGCUCGAAGUCAGAAUCUAGUUCGAGUCCAAGGUCUAGAUCACAAGAACGGGUAGAAAUCGCAGAACCCUCUUCCCAUCAUCUCGAGCCAGCAGACUCUCACGAACGAAAAGAUGCCAAGGCCAAAUCGCACGGGUUUUCAAUUUUCCCUGAGGAAGGUUAUCUCCCUGUUCCAGUAGGCCAUGCAGGCGGGAAAAAGAAGAAAAAGAAGGGAAAGAGCAGUGUGGCGGUGUCAGCUACUGAGAAGAAUAGGAAAGAAGCACAGAAUUUGACACCCCCCUCAGUUACCGGCCCGGCAUCUCAGUCUCUUGACUCUGAGAUGGAAUCAUCUGCUUGUCCUCAAGAAAUUGAGUCUCCUGCAUUGGCGCUCGAUUACAAUUCCAAUUCUUCCGAGGCCGAUAUCGCCCAACCGGCAUUAACUGCCAGAGAUGCUUUGGUUGAGUCUUUGCGGACAGAGUUAGGCGUAUCGAAAGCAGAACAAGCUAAAGCGAUGGAUGAAUUGAUCAGGGCGAGAAGUAAUGAGGAGAGGAUGAAGGGGGAGAUGGAAAAGGUCAGGAGGGGAGCAAAGGAAAUCAAGAGAAAUGAUAAGGACGAUCUGCAACAGCGCUACAACAACCUUUCAAAGAUGUAUGCCGCCGCUUUGAACCGCCUCUCACAUCUCGAGUCUCUCGUCCUCGAAUCCGGCAACUGUCUUCCUCCCGCAUCACCUCUACCGCUUCAAAUGCCAGGCUCUCCCGUUGUCUCCGUACCGGGAUCCCCUUACGCAGCUUCACCUGGCGGACAAGCGAGGGCCUUCUCAUUGGGUUCUGGGAUGUACGUCGGUUAUCCAAGUCCGGGUUUGUAUCCUUCACCAAUGCUUCACCAUGUCCACCAAUCACACCCUCAUGCCCAUCCGCACGUCCAUUCCUACCUCCCAAACGGCUCCCCUGCACCAUUCCGUCGUGCGAGCUCCGGAAUGGUCCCACUUUCCAUGUCUGGUACAGGUAACAAUCCCUUCUUUUUGAAUAACUCCCAAGUCCGACGCCAUUGUCAGGCUCCCGGAUCAAGCACAGUAACAGGUGCAGGAUUGGGAUUAGGUGAAGAAGUUUCAUUGGCAGGGCCGUUGACACCCGGCAUUGGCGGGUUCGAAAUGGAUAUGGGAGUUGGGAUUAUGCCCCUCGGUCAGGCUUCACAGACUUCAGUUUCGGCUUUGUCCCAUCCUUCUUCCAAGGCUUCCAAUUCUGAUAAUACCUCUACUGUCUCUAACGGCAUCACUGAUGAGGAUCCUUUGUCUUUAUCCAAUACCUCCAAUGGUGCUGAUGUGAUGGGCGGAGGAACUGCCUCAGCGGGUGUCAUAAACGCACCGGUAGUACCCUCCCCGAGCUUGGGAAAACUUAGUCCGGAAGGGAAGCUGGCAGAAAGAAGGAGGUUGAGCGUGGAAAGUACGGUGUUGAAGCGCAAAGUUAGCCCGAUUCCCCCCCCGAGCGCGCCGAGUAUCGCUCGUGUCAAUGGCAGCUCGAAUGGGAAUGAUGAUGUCAUCGUCGAAGAGGAAGAUGGGAAUAAUGUUGAAGAAGGGGAGCAGGUGAAUUCUACAGAGCAUACUGUGGAACAUCAGAACCGUGAGGAGGAUGGGGAGAAAGUUGAUGUUGGGCGAGAAGAUGAACCAGGCGCCCGCCCCCAGCCUGCGCCCGAGCCAAAUGUGGAGAACACUCUGAGCGUCCAAAAUCAGCAAGACUCAGCAAAUGGUAAUGAAAUCGAUGCCGGAGUUAAGGAAGAACAGGAACACUCUUCUCCAGCUUCCAAUCCUUUUUCACUCUCUUCCAUAAACUCAAGCUUUAAUUCCACUUCCAACUCUACUUCAGCAUCCCAGUUUGACACACCCGUCACCGAUACAGAUCUGUUACCUCGCUUAUCAGCAGUCACCAAUGAUCGACAACCCAUUUCGGAUUCCCCUCAUCAUUUCGAACCCCCAAUAAACGACGGGUCUGGCGGCACUACCAACAUCAACGGUGAUCCCAUUCCAACAGCUGGCACAAGGGACGUCUCUACAGCCACUUCGUCUUCCCCCUCCCAGAUACAGGAAGACAAACAUGAAGUUUCCAUCGAACCCAUUUUUGCGAGCCUUGCCCAUACACCUGCACAAGUGGAAGAGAUGCGACGACAGCGAGAAGAAGCGUUCCAUGAGCACGAGCGAAGAGAGUACGAGAAACAUCAGAAAGAGAGACUCAGGUUGCAAAGCGCUGCUGCGAUCCAUCAUCUGGGAAUGGGUAUAGGAUCACCGAUGGGUUCACCGUCGCCUAUGCUGAUGCGGGGGAUGGGAGCGGGCACGGUAUCGCCUGUUGGGGGGAUGGGCGUUACAUCUCCGAUGGAGAUGAUGUCGCCUAUGGCUUCAGGCCAUGCAAUGGGGCUAUUGAAUUCACCAGUGAUAUUUCAGGGUCAUGUGCAGAAUCAUGGACUUGGGCUUGGGACUGUAAAUGGAGAACGGCAAGGGCAGAUGUCACCCUCUACUCCUGUACGAGGUGCAUAAGGAAGAAAAUCAUCCUAACUCCAGGGACAAGCUCUUGUGGAUAGAGAGGGAAAUUGGGGCGAAAUGGGUAGCGUUGGCGGAUGAUCGGAUUGAUUAAGGAGUGGGAAAAAAGGGGCUACAGACAGACGUGGAAGAGCUGCAAAGAAAAAAUCCUGUCAUUCGUGCUUUUCAUUUAAUCAACAAAAAUAAACUGAAAACGGACUUUAUAUACAUCAUUGAUCCUCAAGCGGCAUCCGCUAUACAGUAGUCUAAUUCUUCAAAUAUUAUUAUUGUUAUCUUUUUGUUAGUGUUUCUUUUUUUCACGUAUUUUUAUGGCCGCAGUAACGUUGAAAGAUGAAGAUUGUGAAGGCAACAGGGCUGUGGCAGGUAAACAGCGGGAAUAGUGAAAGUACGACGGGGAUGAAAAAAUACGGACUCAUGUCUUAUGUCUUUGCGUUUAGUUUCAUGCAUUAUUCACUGAG